AUGGAUCAGCAAGCUCAACGAGGCCGGUCGCCUUCGACUGGCCAUCAACAGCCUCAUAUAAACCAUUCUCAUUCCCCGUCGCCGGCGCCCUAUCAGCAUAACGAUCCAUCCGUUGGUCUUGGUCUCUCUCUCGACCAGUCCGCUCAGCAAUCUUACGAGGCCUUCAACAGUUCAGGUUUUCUUAGCCCUCAGCAAUCGCCUUCUUUCCUUCCUCCUGCGCAUCAACAGAGCAACUCCUUCGCUCAAGCCAACUUGUCCGACCCCGCUAUUCUCGACCCCAAUAACACCACCUCAUUCGGACAGCAGCCUGCCAGCUCCGACACUUCGCUACCCUUCAAUAACCAGGCUCAGGCAGCUUACCUGUCGCCGAACCUUAACGAUAACGACUUCUCUCUCUUUCCGAAUACUAGUGGCCAGGGCGACCAGUUCAACGCCCCCUUGUUUGACCAGCCUACGCUCAAUCCUAACGACAUGAAUACCAUGGCGUCGCAAGGGCAUCACUCGCCGACCCCUCCUCACCUAUUCCAGCACGAUGCUCAACAACCUGGUUCUGCUCACCAGUCGCCCGCCUUCAACCAGCACCAGUUCUCUUCACCACCUAACCAUUCGCGACAUACUUCACUCGGCCCAGCAGAUGCUUUGCUCCCAAACCAGAUAGCUGAUUGGAAUCAGCCUCAAUUCCAGCGCCACCGUCGCACGCCUUCUGAGUACUCAGACGUUUCGUCCGUGGCUCCGUCACCGAACCUUGUUAGUGCUGAGUCCUUUGAGACUGAUAUCGGUGGGCACUCGCCCGCGCAUCAUCCUUCUGAUGGCAGUCUAUAUCAAGAGGUUUUGAGUAUGGGUAACUUUAGUCUCUCCGACCCUCAAGUCGGUGGUAGUCCUGGACACCAGGGUCGUAGUCCUUCCCAUAGUCCCGCAAUCAGCCCUCGCAUUGUUCCUCAGCAGAUGCCGGACCUGAACCAGCUGAAUCAAAACAGUUUUGGUUUGGCAGGUCCUCACAACCCAUAUGGCGUUCCCUCUACCUAUCCUGACGUUUCAGCGCCCGUCGAGGCCUUCCCUUCCCUCCAGCCUUCGGGCGCUGAUUUGUCGUCGAUGGCCCCUCCAGCGAUCAAUAUUGACUUUGCGCCUACAAAUGCUAAACAAGGUGCUUUUGAUACUCCCAAAUCUCGUAUGGAUCAGGACUCUCUGACCCCGCCAGACAGAGGUAUGUUUGAAGCCGAAGCCAUUGCUUUUGAAACUAGCUCACACAUCUUAGGUCGCCCCCGAUCCCGUCCACGUGCAGUGACAGACCCUUUCCAUCCUGGUGGCGGUCUGCUAGGUCGCCAAGGAAAUGCCAACAUCAUCUCGCCUUCCCUAGGCGCCGACUUAGCAGCAAGAACAGACUCCAGAUCUCUGUCUCCUCUGGACAGACAAGGAGGGACUUCACCUUCCAGGAGAAGACAGUCCACAUCGGCUGUCCCCAACAACGUUAUCGCUCUCAGACUGGCCGAUCCUGAGUACCAGAACAACCAGGACAGCGGGGCUGCCAAGCGGGUUCAGAAACACCCUGCCACUUUCCAGUGCACAUUGUGUCCCAAACGAUUUACGCGUGCGUACAACUUGCGUUCACAUCUGAGAACGCACACAGACGAGCGUCCUUUUGUGUGUACAGUAUGCGGAAAGGCAUUUGCUAGACAACAUGAUCGCAAGCGACACGAGAGUCUUCACUCCGGAGAAAAGAAGUUUGUAUGUAAAGGCGAUCUCAAGGUUGGAGGUCAAUGGGGAUGUGGUAGAAGAUUUGCCCGUGCCGAUGCUCUAGGCCGGCAUUUUAGGUCUGAAGCUGGCCGCAUCUGCAUCAAGCCUCUAUUAGACGAAGAAAUGAUGGAACGACAGCGACUCUGGCAACAGCAACGGAUGCAGCAGAACAUGGCGCAGAGCAUGGCUGUUGCAUCCACUAUGCCAAUGGAUGGCCCUAUGUAUCCUAUGGAUCCGACUGGCAACCCAAUGCUUCCAGCGGCUCUCUUGGCCCAAUAUCCUGCAUUAGCUCAGUUGAACUGGUCUACACCUGACGUGAAUGCUGGCAUGGACGAUGAGGUUAGUGGCCGCUCAUCGUUUGAUGCCAGCGACUACGACGAAAACGAAGACGGUGGGUAUGUGAGUGGCCCUGGCACGGGGUUUGGUGAGGGUGGGAUGGGUCAAGGCUUUGGUGAAAUGGGAUACGCGAGCGACUUCGGGGGCCGGUAA